UACCGCUCGGAGCGGACCGCGAAUUCACUGCGCACAGUAGUGGUGUAUUUUUCCGUCUUUAUUUCAAUUGCCCUAGGUUCGAGAGUUUUCGCACUCGGUAAGAUUGCUAAUUUCGAGGGACACUUCAUUUUUCCCAUUGGAAUCGUGAUAAUAGAGAACCACUUGACACUUAUAUUACCCAUUGUUCGAUCGACAUUGUGUGGUUAAACUUAGUUGCGCUCCAGCGGUGAUUUCAUGGGGCCGUACGGUGGAUGGCGAGAUGCAAAUUUUCAUCUUCAAUGGAAACGCACGAUGGUUCAUGCCGGUUUUGUUGAUCUAGCAUGUUAAUUUGAAGUCAGAGGACGGGAAAUUAGUUUCGCACCUGCUAUCAAGCGUCGUUACAGCUGCAGGAAGUUGAAAAGUUUAAAACAAUCAAAUACCGCAAAAAGAACUAUUAAAAACACUCCACAGUUGUUACAUCCAGCAGAGAAAAAAAAACAAACCGCAGUGAAGUGGCAAAAGCUACGACAACCGAGUCACAAACGGAAGCCAUCGUGUGUGUGGUAAGAGGGUGGACGGGGAUGUGCGGAACUUUGUGUUUAACACCGAUCCCCACCGUUUAGUCGCUGCUGGCUGCUGUACUAACGCGCCCAAGCUGAUAACGCAGGGGCCGCAAACGACGAGAUACCGAACGGAACGGACUGCUUUGGAAGAUAACAAGACCACAGCUACGGCAAACGACAACAGCUUCAACCGAAAGCAACCGGUAGGGAACAGCUGCAAAAGGUCGGUGCAGUCACAGACAGGAGCACUUAUCACGCUACAGUGGGUCAAGAGAAAAAAACAACAUUCAAUCAUCAAAUAAUCUGAUCCCACGCACACGGCGCGGCAACGAAGGAUGCCGCCGGGACCUGCGGUCUGAUCCGGCUUAACGGUAUAAUGAGAUCCGUCCACAAUUGGUACAUCAUUCUUACCGCAGCGACCGCCCUUUUCCACCAUUAUCGGGCGAUAAUGCCGGUGAGCUGCUCAAGGACUUCUGCCUCCUACGGCGAUAAUGAGACAGUUCUCAAACUAACGCAAAGCCCGGCGGGGUCGGAUGCUAGACUACGCUGCGGGAUUAAAGAGUACCACGCCGAUCACAUGAAUUCCUCCGAUGUUCAGUGGUACUUUAAGCCCUGCGGAGAGGGAACCAACCGAACGUCCUGCAACAACCGUGACCAGUUAGAGCAAAUCCCAUGGCGGCCAAUCGACUGCGAUGGUAAACGGUGCAGAGUAACUUUAUUCAUCAAAAAUGCCUCGGAGGCAGAUUCGGGAUUGUACCGCUGCAGCAUCCAUCCGUAUCGAACGGACAACCAAACUCAAUUCGACAUCCAGUUAAUACGGACUUUUCAACUGGAUGUAAUCAAAUCACUCCUAGAUGAAGCCGUACCGGCUCCAGAACUGCUGGAUAACCUACCAGCGAACACGACAGCUCUGCUAGAAUCCCACAUUGUACUUCAAUGUCGCGUGCACAGUAAGGUUCAGCCGUCCAUCAAGUGGUUCCGCAAGAUCAAUCUGAACAACCCACUAGAGGAUCAUAAUUUCAACCAGGACAAAUCAAUUCGCUAUCUGGAGAACUUUUACGAACUGGUUCCAUCAUCCGGCGAGAAACCACUCUCCGAAGAUGUCUACUUGAGUAAGUUAAUUCUGCACAGCGUCACCGAGCGGGACGUUGGCAUCUACGUUUGCGUCGGAAUCAAUUACGGCGGUGUGAAUACGGCCGAUGCGUACGUUAAUGUGGUACAUCCAAAUGGCACUCCGGUCGGCAGUGGAUCCACCAUAGCGGACCUAAUGGUUCUGUUUUUGAUUCCGCUGGGCCUCGCUUUGAUCCCGCUGGCAGUGUGGAUAUGCGUUGUAGUCAUUCGACGACGGAACCAAAGUCUAACUCAUCGGGAUGGUAAACCGAGAGCUCUCGCUGGUGGGGCGAUGCAGCAUCAGCCAGUGAAUGGGGCUAUAGAUGGUGAAGUGGAACCAAGUGGUCAGCGAAGCGUUCCCACAGUUACCGGUAGCAAAGCCAAACACAAACGCAAACUCAGUUACGAAGGUUCGCAUUUGUACGAGAAGAUCAACAUUAUGUAGAACCAGAGUAUUGCGUUGCUAGUUGUACUUAGUGCCAAAGAGAUAUUGUCUGUAAAUAGUGUAUAAUAUAUGUAUUAGGGAUGAUUUUCAAAAUCAAACAUAAAUCAAAGAUAACUAGAACAAGAUACCUAACUUCCAUAUUUUUCAUACAUUUUGAACACGACCGAUUUCCGACGGUUAGUGCUGCCAUGUGAUGACUUAAAUUCUCAUAAAAUUGUCACUAUGAGCAAAACCGAUUUAUCGUGUAUAGUCCGUCAUCGAUCGUUGAGCUGUUCAAGAUUGUAUAUGAAAAAGGUGUAGCAGUUUGGUCAGUUCGACGCUUAAGAUAACAUGCAGAUUAACCCGUAAAGACCCGGGACGGAACUUGUUUUUUGAAAAUGCUCGUUGUCAGCACUGGAACGGCCGAUUUCGGAAAACUUGGAAUUUUAUUCAAGGGGAGUAGUUGCUCUAAGUUUUGGUUAAGGUGCCACCCCUCUGGACCCUUCCCCGUUUUUGUGAGACGCAAAUAUGUCUGUGUUUUUUUCUAAUUUUUCAAACAGAUUGAGCAAACACUGGGAAUUUUCAUACGUAUCAAUUGCUCCAUGUAUCAAAUCAUGUCAGGUGGAUAAAAUAUGGUACGUAAGAGCGAAUUUUGGAGAUUCUAAAUUAUUUUAGUACAAAAUCACAAAACUACGUAAUUUAAAAAAAAAUCAAAUAACAAAACCGUUCUUCAAAUUUUAAGCUCUACAUUUUUGAGGUUAGGUCUCCUGAAUCCAUAUCCGAUGAAAUAUUUAUUUUAGCAUGCAAACAUUUGGAGAAAAACGAGUUUAAAUUCACUAAAGUACAUAUUUUCAUGGAAACCUGAUUUUUUCAGUCUCCCACGGUAGUUUUCAACUUAGCUCUCCAAAUUUCAAGCUCUAUAUUUCUAGAGUAACGUCUUCUGAAUCCAAAGAUGCUGAAAGAUUUAUUCUAGCAUGCACAGAUUUAGAUUUGGCACUUUAACCAAAACUUAGAGCGACUAUUCCCCUUGAAUAAAAUUCCAAGUUUUCCCAAAUCGGCCGUUCCAGUGCUGAGAACGAGCAUUUUCAACAAACAAGUUCCGUCCCGGGUCGUUACGGGUUAAUGAUAUUGUAUGGCUGAUAUGGACCCCUUGGUCUGCGCCAAACAAGCAAAAAGCAAAAAAAAUGAUAUUGUCAUUUUUUGCACUUCAAAGUACGAAAGAAAAGUAUGAAAUUGACUGUCAGAGUGGGGGUUUAUAUUGAGGGGUUAUAUUUAUUUUCAGGUCCCAUUCUACCAAAACUUAAAGUUUGAUAUGUCGCAAGCCAGGUUUAAGGACCAUUGUGCAUAUGGUCAGGUUCGCCGGGGCAGCCGAUUUUUGCUUUAUUAAACUCGGCAAGAGUGGAAAACUUGGCUGUAGAGCGUGUUAACGCGGUUAUUAGGAAUUUCUGAUGGUACGCUUAAUUUCAAAUGUUGCGCCGAUAAUUCUUGAUUCUUCCGGAAAGUUUCAUGUUUGAGAACUAAACAUUCGUCCACAUUAUUAUCAUUUUUCGGAUGGCAGCACCGUACAGUCGUUCUCAUGGAUACUGAAGAAAUUGUUUCACCUUUCAGCAGUCAUGUCUUGGCCUUGUAGUUAUUUGAUUUUGACCGUUAAGUGUACAUCAUACUAACAGUGUAUAAAUUAGUUCGACUUUUGCUCACGCGCAGCGACAAUCAUGUCCGAUGAAUUCUGCAAAAGUCAGGUAUCUUGUUCUAGUCAUCUUUGCAUAAAUCCAACUUUAAUUUCUAGUCAGCUUAGUUCGUUAUAUUCGUCGUAGGGUGAUAUAAUAAUAUUAUAAAUGAUUCCGUUUCUCACAUCAAACUAAAUUUCAGAGGUGGAGAGAUUCAUAUAAUUGGAGAUAUUUCGUAUUGACUUUCAAGUGAUUUACGUUUUUCAGUAAGGUUAUCCUCGGUUAAAACUCAUUCAAAAGAAAUUACUUUUGAGUUGCAAUGCAUAUCACUUGAAUUGGCAUCACUGUUUUAAUCCAUUGAAUUUGUAUUAUUAUGCACGCUAUAAAUGUAAGAAGGAAGGUUUUAGAGCUGGGAGAAUAUCAUAAAACUAUCUUUAUUGAGAAAAUAAUGAUAACAAAUCAAAUA